ACAGAGCUUUUAAAAGCGUCUCAACAAUGAGUGACAGCGACGAAACUGUAUGCGAAGACGGUGAAGGUACAAUGUCGCCCUCAAUAAUGACAGCGAUAUCGAGGUAUUGGAAAACGUUGUUUACGUAUGCUCAACAAACCCUUGCCCCAGUUUUAUGUUGAAAGUAGAUAUGUAAAGGCAAUGAGUUGUAAGAUUAGCUUGUGUCUCACCCUGACCCUAAAGUAAACUUCUUAAAAAAUGUGCUGAGUUAAGUUUAUACAGUACAGUACUUUGUAGUUUGAUAUUUGUGCAACAUUUUUAAAUUUAAAGAAUUUUGACGCAAAAUUCUGAGAUACAUGUCAACAGUUUACAUGUAUCUUGUUCUUUCUUUUUUAAGGAAAAAUUCCUUGGAUCACCUUCCAGUUGAUACUGAGAAUGGAUCUCCAGAAUUUCUUCCUCCAAAUGCAAAAGUGCAGAAAUUAGGCAAUGAGAAUGUAGGUGUGGUACCCAAAGAGCCAGCCAAAACAUGUGCAUGUGAUCAGGAUCUUCAAAGCUUGAAACCAGAUACUGCGUUCAACGCAGAAAAAACUGCGGCAGAGAGAUUAGAGGAAAUCAAGAAACAAGAGGGAAAAAUUGAGGAUUUGUUAUUGGUGCUCAAGGCUCAACUAAAAGGGGAAGGUAAAGUUGUCAAUGACUCAUAAAAAAGAAUCAUGCUAGAUGUCAUCAUCUACUUUGCAAUCUCACGAAGCCUCGAACUACUAUUAUUUUAAUUCUCUUCGGCAAAAUUUUGAAGACAGAUGACUGUCUAAAAUGUUUUUCCUCAUGCAUGGUAGCAUGUCAUGAUUUUUAUCACAAUAGGUGUCUUUAGUACACAACAGGUUUCAUAUGAAAAAUGUGCUUUCAUUGAAAUGCAAUAAAAAAGGUAUAUUUUGACUUAAAUUUGAUUGAUGGUGAUCAUUGCAACAUCUGGCAGCUUUAAAGUUCACCAAAACUCACUCUUUGAUGUCAGGAAUGAACAGUAACAUUCUCAUUAAUUGUGAACUUCCAGAAGAUAUCCAUACCCCUCCAUGGAGUACAUUUUUGUUUAGACCCCCUCAACGAGGUCUAAAAUUGCCUCCUUUUAGAACCCCUCUUCUUGAAGUUUCCACUGCCCUCUGUGGGGGGUAUGGAUAUUUUUGGAACUACACAUUAAACAAAGUCAAUUGCAGGUGUAUCACUAAAAGAAAGCCCAGUCUUUGCACAAGCCAAACUUCUAAUGACACAGGUUAAAACUCAGUUGGCUGAGGUCACUGUCUAUCAGCAACAACAAAGACAGCAGAUUGCCCAGUACAGUAAUGAAUCACAGGAUACUAAUGACGGCUCAGAAUCUCAACACACUUUUGACAUCAAACAAAAGAUACUUCAACUUGCUGCUCAACAAAAGGAGCUGUUAGCGUGCGUACAGUGUCAUAAAAAGCUGCUGGACAAGAUGCGGACUUUGAAAAAGACCACAAAGGCAAUUACAAAGAACACUUUACCAGCAAUAGAAAAACAUGUAAGUUCUCGCUCAACCUCAACCUCAUUUAACAUUGCAGUGUCAAAUCCAUCUGGAGUCACGGCACAUAAUACAAGCAUGUCGGCCAAUAAGUCUAGGCAAGAUAAUAAACAGUCAGUCAAUGACAGUCAGCCUGCCCCACCUACAAGUACCCUCAAGCAUGCUAUGUUGCAAAACAGUUCAGCUCCAUCUAUGGAAAGUUCAUCUAGUACUUCACAAACCAUGCUCUCAGAUAAACGCUCACAACUUCAACAAGCACCUUUAAGCUGUACUUCUGUGGUAGCUGAGAACAAUUAUUUAUCCAGCCAAACACAAAGUCAGAGUUUAUUGACACCUUUAUCCAUGCCUCAACAAAGGGCUCAAAAUGUUGUCUUAACAGCGGGACAGUUUUUUCAAGUGGGGGGCAAACAAGUGUAUGUGUUACCACAAGGCUUGCUUUCAAGCGUUACAUCAGCAGCCGUGACACAGGUAACACAACCACAAGGAUUAAUUGCAACUACUGUUCAAUUAACAGCCAAGACACAGGGCAACCAUCUUCAACAAAUAUCACCAUCAAAGGCAUCACUUCAUAAAACAACAGCAGCUGUAGCAACAAAGAUAGCAGUAACACCAGCAAAUCCUCUAAUGACAAGUGUGACAAAGGUGCAGUCAUCAGAAGGUUCCAGUCCCAGCACAUUAUUACUCAGAGGAUCAUCUUGUAAGGAUCAAACAACACAAAGUUUACAUUCACAGCAGUCCAAUGGUAAUGCACUACCCGUUACUGGAACCAUACCUCUCACAAACACUUCUGCCACAUGCUCUCCAUCAACCAGUAGGAUGUCAGCUAGCAGCAGUUCAACGUUGCAGCAAAAUAAAACUGUCUCUCAAACUUCCCAGUUGAGUAAUCAUGGAAACAAGCAAAUAACAUGUCCAGCUAACAGCACCACUUUCUCACCUGUGACAAAUGAAAACAACAGACCUCCACAAAUGCUAAGGAGCGCAAGAGUGCAGACACCAUCCCAUAGCUCUUUAGGGCUGCAGAGCACAGUACAAGCCAACAAGUCAAUUACAUCCUUCACCUCUAAGGCCACUGUAAGUAGUAAUGCAUCUUCAGUCUUGAUUUCUGCUUACACUUAUGCACGUUAUAUUUCUUUCAAUUUCAGCUCCACAAUAUACAAAAGGGGAUGGUUUCAACAACUUUUAUUUUCUUCCCCCUAGUGGAGGAAUUCAGACACUUAAAUUUAAUUGUUUAUCCCGAGCAUUCUUUACUGACCAUGCAAAUCUCUGAAAUAAGACACCAUGUAUUUUUUCAAUCAUAAUGUUUGAACAUGAAAAUAUUGUUCAUUCUUUAACAGGUUGUUCAGUCCAAGAGCAGUCGAAGUAUACAAAGACAGAACUCCUUUGGUUCAGACCUGCCUGACAUUAAAAGUCUUCUUAGUAAUAAUGUCAUUGAAGCAGGCUCAAAUGUUCUUUCCAUACAGUUUGAGGUACACAUAUAUCCUGCUUUGUGUAAGAUUUGUAUGAAGUAAUGAUUUUAAGGAAUGCUCUUAAGAUUAUCUAAGGCUCUCAAAAUAUAAGCUAUUUUAUCUUGUCAAAUUUGAAAUAAAAAAUGCCAAUAUAUAACAAUUAUUCACCGAAGUAGAGGUGGCUAGUCCUGGAUAUUUACCAAACUGCGAAGCAGUGAGGUAAAUAUCCACGACUAGCCACCGACACUGAGGUGAAUAAUUGUUUUAGUUGAGCACAAAAAUGACGAUUUUUAACUCAAAUACUGUUGCCAACGAUUACAAUUUUGGCGCGUAAUGACCGGGCGGCUGCGGCCGUCGAUUUUUGUUGCCGACAAUUAAGACUUUUGAAGUCAUUUGUUUAGCUCUUGCGGGGAAAUUUCUUCAAAAGGAGUUGUGAAUUCUUUUUGUAUUUAAAGUCAUUCUAUAAAAAAAGAUUAUUAAAUUUAGUUUUAAGCUUAUUUAUGAACAACUCAACUAAAUAAAGUAAGCAAGACUUAAACUUAAUUUGCAUUUGUAAACAAAAACUUUUUCACCGGUUUUAUCGAUAUAACUUCCAAUCCGAACUUCGUCACCUUCUUCGUGUAUUUCGGAAACAGCUUGCUUGAUUAGUUGUGAAAUUUCUUUGUUUGUUUACGGCAGCAAACCGGGAAGGCAUUUUGCUUGCAACUUACGCGAGUUUGGCGUCGCUCGCCCGGAGGAACUGGAGGUGAAUCAGUGAAUAGUGCAGGAUAUUCACUGAUUGAGUAGCCAAUCAGAGCGCGCGAAAAACACUAUCCACUGUUUUAGUAUAUACUAAUUCUGUAUAUACUGUAUUAUCAGUACUGCAAUAACAUUUAACAAAUUCACAGAAAUCUUUCAGUGUGACUUCCAAAAUACCACUGGUUGUCUUUAAAACUUACAUACGCUUUCUUCAAAAAAUUGGGGUUAUAUAGAAAAAAAAAACCAUCCAGGUAAAGUUUUUUUCCUUGAGCUCUACAGUAUUAUUAUUUAUCUCACAAAUAAUUUAAAAAAAAUUUCAUUUUGUCAACAGGGGAGAAAUUUUGAAGCAUCACUAAGGCGAAAUGGUUUGAUAGAGUCAGCUGGAGGGGAGACAUUCCGCACACCAAUGGCAUGGAUGAGAGCAGUGACAGGGAGUUGGACAACUGUGAAGCAAUCACAAGCUUAUAAGAUGGUAAAAUAUAAUGUAGAUACACAUUAAAAUCAUGGUGGAACCUCUUCUUACAGAUGCUAUUAAAGCAUGGACAACCAUGAUUACCGAAAGUUAUCCUUGGGCACUUUUGAAGAAAUUCAUUAGGCCAGAAUAGUCGAAAAUUAAGACAGUCAUAAAUUCUUUACAUAUACGUGUAGCCAAAUUUUAUCUUCAAGAUAUUGACAAUCUUAAUGGCUGUAAACAAUCUUUGCACACUUGAAAGCUACCACAAAAUGACUGCACCACUACUUUGAGAAAGGCAGUUGACAGCUAUGGAAAGUGUCAACAUCUUGAGGAAAAAACAUUGGCUUUAACUUUUUAUGUGAAACGUUUUGUAAUAAUGUGAAAACUUAGCUCUUGGUCCGUCUCUUUGGUGUUGAUGUCAAGGGGUUUCAUUAUAAUCUGUGUACCUGAUCAGUUACCAGAGUUAGUGGUUUAAUUUCCUACAAGGUUUUUGUGGGCAAAUCACAAUAUUAUUCUUCCUGUCACUCCCGUGCAUGACUUCAAUUUAGUAUCUUGCAUCACAUUGUUAAACAUCCAAGGUUAUUAUAUGGCUACAGUAGUACGCGCACUCUGAUUGGUUGCUAAGUGGGCAUUAUUCUCUUGUAAUGACCUGGCAUUAUUUGCUAGGUGUUCUAGGCAUAUACAGCAAACAUUUGGUAGCAAAGAUCCAUGCAGGGGGAUCCAUGUUAUGGUUAAUUGAAAAAAAGGUAACUGACCAGUGUCACAUGACUGUAUUACAGGCUCAAGUGUACAAUUCAGUGGGGUGAUGUGUUUUUUUUAAGUUAUCUGCUCACCAAUUAUUGAUUUUUAUUGAUCACAGGCUCAGUUACUUAAGGUGUUUAAUAUUAAUAGCUCUAAAAGGGCCAUAUAAUAUAUAACUUUUUAACCUUGUCCAUUUGGUCAUUACGGGGAAAUCUCGGACCCCAGCCUAUCCUUACUAUCGGUUGAUAAGUGGUAUGUUAUUCUUAACCUUGAGGUAUAAGCAGAUUAUGUCCCCAGUUUCCUUUUUUGAUUAGCUCUUUUUGACCUGCUUUACCAUAUUUUUUUAAGGUGCACUAUAAAGGAAAGCCCCUUGCUUUGUUCACAAUCCCAUCCAUGGAGAAAGGUAUUGACAACAACUAAACUUGCAGGCUUCUCUUUUGGGCUUCUUUUAACUAAUGGAAUGGUUAUUUGAAAAGAAGCUUGAUUGCUCUUUGCAUUCAGAAUUAAAUUUAUUUUAAAUCAUACUUUCAAACUUAAGAUUACCCUUAGAAAUUAUGCAAAUUAUUUUAAUUCAUGUAAUUUUUUCUUUUUUCAUGUUUCUGGAUGCUUUCUACAACAUAACAGAAAUAAUUAUAGCACUCAGUUAUGAAUUUUAUAGUUAGUGAUACUCUUAUACAUGUUCAAGUUAAGUUGAACAUUUUUUCACUAUUGUUUAGAACCUUGUGAGCGAAAUGAGCCACAAAAUGAGGGCAGAGCACAAGAUCAACUAGGCAAACCCAGCAGACAUGAAAAAAGUUGGCUUAUCACAAGUUGGGAUGAUAUGGCCAAACUUCUUACUACUUGCCAAGUAAUACCAAUCAGUAGUGAUGAAUUUGUUCCAAUAGACAGCUUUUUACCAGUUAAUUUCUGGGACUUGUCAUGUGAGGUAGAUAUACCACAAUGUGUCUUAGAGGAACUGAAUUUUUGA